AUGGAAUUUGAGAAAAUGGUCGUGGAUCCAUCAAACACGCGCCUAUACGUCGCCGGUGUUAACUAUCUGUAUGAUUUGCAUUCGUCUGAUCUUUCUGUACGAGUAGAAGCUGUGACAGGACCGAUGGAUGACUCGGAUCAAUGCAAAGGAGGUCGAAACGACAGUUGUUCGGCGAUUCGACACAAGACGAAUUCGCAUGCGAAAGCGUUGGCCGUGUACGACAAGUCAUCACAGUUGAUUGAAUGCACGAGUCUGUUUCAAGGUCGAUGCCGUCUGCGAAAUCUUCACAACAUCACCGAUAUACAGAUCGAAUCACCUGAACCUAUGCUGGCAAACGAUGCGACGUCAUCAGCAGUAGUUUUUGUCGGUACAGGACCAUCUGGUGAUCCGGUACUGUACGUAGGAACAACUUUUGUGAAAGGGCCUCUGUUUCGUGACGACAUUCCGGCAGUGACAUCACUUCGUUUGUCGCGAGGUCGUGAUGGUGAUGCGAAAGAGUUUGAACUAGCCGACAAGGGAUUAGCAACGGGCACGGAAAUCAGUCUCGAACGGAAAUUUCGGAGUAGUUACCGGAUAGACUAUGUUGGAGGAUUCGAAUCUGGAAAAUAUGCGUAUUUUGCGACCAGACAGGGUAAAACCUUAGGAGAAGAUGCACCGAUACAAUCACGUCUUGUUCGUGUCUGCACCGGAGAUUCGCAUUUCUACAGUUAUACAGAGGUGAUGUUGGAAUGUAUGAAAGACGAUACGGACUAUAAUCUGGUGCAAGAUGUGUACGUGGCGACAGCCGGGUAUAAUCUUGCCAAGUCGUUGGGAAUAAGGUUGGUUCGGCAUAGCCUCUUGGAGUGCUAA